CUUCGAGCCGCUUGCUUCGAAGAGAAGGUAUCAACUUCCGGUUCAUAUGGUCAUGUUUUGAAAGUAACUAGAAACGGUUUCAAUAAUAGAGAAUUAGAUAUAUACAGUCUAUGGCUGUAACCUAGCAGCGAUGUUUGAAUGCGACACCCUCCGAGCAAGUCAGGUAGAUAACCGUCCGACCUUUAGCAGCCAAGAUUUUUUCAAUUUAAUCGUUUUUAACGUUACCUAUUGUGGACCGAACUAGCAGCAACUAACGUUAGCUUCACAAGCUAAAACUCGGGCCUUAGCUAAGUGAAUGUGUAACGUUAGUUGAACAGACUAGCUAGCUAGUCAUGGGAGGGUGAAGAUAAGCAAUUAUACAGUUUCGGAGGGGAGCCGCCCAUUGAUGUAUGAACAUAAAGACCCACCACAGAGGCAGCAGUCGAAAGGGCUCGAAGGAGGAACAACUGCCCAAACCAGUACCAGAAGGAGGUCCGGAUCAGACAUGAUGGGGGCUACAAUGGGACCGGUUUUACACUGGCUCCAAAAUGUGGCAGCUGUUACUCUCCUCAAAGCCCGGCGGACUUUAUUUCAGGCUGCCAUCCUGUUUUGUGUCCUGGUUCUGCUACUUUGGGUGUCCAUCUUUCUCUACGGAAGCUUCUAUUACUCCUACAUGCCCAGUGUGAGCUUCUCCACCCCUGUGCACUUCUACUACACCUCUGAUUGUGAUUCCUCAGAGUCAGCACUUUGUUCAUUCCCCACGGCCAACAUCUCUUUCAUGAAGAAUGAGAGGGACCUUGUGAUGGCUUACGGUCAGCCUUAUCGAGUGUCUUUGGAGUUAGAGAUGCCAGAGUCUCCAGUGAAUGAACGCUUGGGUAUGUUUAUGGUCAAGAUGUCUUGUUACACCAAGGGUGGAAAGACAGUCUCGUCAGUGGGCCGAUCUACCAUGCUGCAUUACCGCUCCAGCCUUCUGCAGAGCCUGAGUACUUUACUGUUCUCUCCUUUCUUUCUGACCGGGAUGGCUGAGCAGAAGCAACUCAUAGAAGUGGAGCUCUUCUCGGACUACAAGACAAAUGCUUAUCAACCCUCUGUCGGUGCAGUCAUUGAGAUCCAGACCAAACGAGUGCAGAUCUACUCAUCUCAACUCCGAAUCCAUGCUUUCUUCACUGGCAUACGAUAUGUUCUGUACAACUUCCCCCUGACAUCUGCGGUGAUCGGCGUAGCCACCAACUUUGCUUUCCUCUGUGUCAUUGUGCUGUUCAGCUACCUGCAGUUCAUAUGGGGCGGGAUCUGGCCUCCAGAUCAAGUACGAGUCAGGGUUAUGAUGGGAGACAACACCCGUAUCCAGCAGAGGAGAGAGGAGGCUCGGAAGCGCAUGGAGAAGGAAAACUCUCAGAAGGAACUGGGUGCUCCUCAAGUGAUAGGAUCUGUGAACGAUGCAUCUGAUUUCCAGGAAGAUGACACAGCAGUAGCAGAGCCGUCGCCAAAGAAGCCCUCAGAAAUGCUGAAUGCACCUGGGGCUGAUGUGCCAGAUGCAAAGGAGGAAGGGUCUCGUGACUCCUCUCAUGAGGAGAAAGACGGCUCAGAUGCGUUGGAUGGCUGCCAGCUGCCUCACCAGGGGGAGACGUUACUCCGGCAGAGACCUGGGCCGUGGAUGAGCCUGUGAACCACGCCACUGCACACAUUUAAAGCACCGCUAAGUUGAAUAUAAUGAAGCAGAAAUUGUUUUGAGCCUAGCAAACCCCCUGCUUGAGUCAGCCUACUGCAGAUGCAUGCUAAUAUUAUACCUGUGUUGUUUUAGCUAACAAACUGCUGCUUUAUUGUCUUGUGUUAAAAAAAACUAUUUACCUCGUUGUAACUUUGACCUCUUCUCAUAUCUUUCUGCUUAUUGUCUACAGUCUUGUGUUUUGCUAUCUUGGUUUUGAUGAUUCCCAUAGCAGGUGGCACUUGAUUUCAGCUCUGGCUUUUCCAACAGUAUUGCCUAGGGGAAUUUAACAUUACCAUAUGUUUUUACCACUGUUAAGGAAAAACUCAGGAGCAGCACAACUCAUUUCACAUAUGCGAAGAAGGUUCGGGAGACCUCGAUGAAUUAUACAGAAGCACUUAACGAACACUCGAUUGAAUCUGUAGAUAGCCAAACAGUUAUACACGAAGAGGUUUGGGUGUUAGAGACUGGCCGAAUGUUCUCGUCCCCUGACCUGUGACCUAUGAAUGGCCUGAUGUUAUCAUGUAAGCUUUCCCUUAUUAGUCUCAUCAUACCACAAUAUGGUGUUUCUGAAAAUUCCACCACAAACACACCCUUUUUUUAAAAGUCAAUUGAACCUUCCUAUUUUUUUACUGCUUCGAAUCCCUGUAAGGUGGCAUUUUUUUCCUCCCAACACGGCCAGCUUACAAAUGCUGGAUGCACAAAUCCUGACCAUAGGCCUUCUUCACAGCAGACCUUUUGACUUGUCAUAGUAGGAAAAGCACAGGUGUUACUAAUAAUUAAUAACACGAUGGCUCCGUUCUAUUCAAGUGUCCCAGUGAGAGUGACCGGAAGCCAGCAUGCACAAUACCAGGAAGCUGAAAUUAAAGCAGCUAAAUGGAAUUCAGCUAUCAUUAAUUACAUUAUUUACACUUGUGCGUUUCCUACUGUGGAAAGUCAAUUUGUCUGCUGUGAAAAAGGCCUGUCCUCCCAUGAUAACUCUCUUGAUAACCAGUUCAAACAUCAGUAGACGUGAUUCUGUUUUUGAAUGUAGCCACAUAAUUGAAACCAAAUUUAAAUGUGUUCUUUUGGAUUUCCUAGAAUGUUUCACACCCUUUUAGAGGAUUUGCACAAACAUGCCUCGUGAUUCAUUUUUUUAACAGAGGCUCUCUCAUAGCAAUUCGAUUUGGAAAAUGUGCCCAAAAGAGUGUCUUUGUUUUUAAUAACGUCUUAGAAAACAUGUGCUGUGGGUGCAGCCCGAGGGACAUAAGGAAUAUGUUGUAUUUAUUAAUUUUCAUAUUGCAAAUAGUUAACGUUCUGUCCCAGUUUAAUGGGUGUUCAUACAGCCGUGGCAUAUUUAGUUAAGGCUUCAGUGCUUUUACAAAGUUGGCGUUCAUUCCAUCAAUAUCAUCAUUCCUUUACUCAGUAUAUGUUACAGUGCAGUUUAAACAUUGCAAUUUAAUGUAGAAAAUAUUUCAUUGAUUGUGUUUUCAUAACAACAUAAUGUCUAUUGGGGAACAUGUCUGUUGCUUCAACACGUUUGUAUUUAAUAAUAAGAAACCGUAUUAAAAGGAUAACUGAAUGUACUGUUUUGAAAUACUGGUUGUUAGAGCUAAUGGGUGAUGCAGGAAUUGUUGAAUAUAGCUUAGCCUUUAUGUAUUAAACCUAUGCUUUAGAGGGGCUUAUGAUUUCAACAAGGUUUAUGGAAGAGUUUGUGAAAGUUGUGUUGAUGUAGGAUUCUGUACCAAAGAUAUUGUUUAAUGUGCUGUACUCUCCUAAUGUUAUAUGAGUUGGUGUUAUUUAUGUGUUGAAGUAAUUAAAUAAACAUUCAGUGGUGCACUU